GAGGGCUUCUUCUCUGACUCUCGUCUUCUCUGCUCCGCUUUCUGCUCACUAGGAGCUAAUUCCGCUUCUCUUUUUCAGUUCCGACUUGCUCUCCCGUCUGAAGAGGCAAUACACACUUCGAGACUUUUUUGCCUCAGCUGUUUCAAAGUUUUCAAUCUCCUGGUAAUAUGGAUGAUGAAAGGCGGUCGUCUUAUGGGAACUACAAGUCGGGUGGUUCCAGAAAACGAUUAAACUUGGAAUUGGAUAAUGGGAGGUACAAGCGGCGCAACACUAAUGAUGUUCAUAAUGCUAAACCCACCGAUACUAUAUAUCGCAUUCUUUGCCCAAUCAAGAAAGUUGGUAGUGUUCUCGGGAAAGGGGGCGAUAUAGUUAAUGCUUUGAGAAAAGAAACACACGCUAAGAUACGAGUCGUUGAUGCCAUUCCUGGUGCAGACGAGCGAGCAAUUAUUAUAUUCAAUUAUUUGCAACAACGAGAUGAACGAAAUAGUAAAAGCUAUAACAUCAGUGGUGAUGAUCUGGAUAUGAAUCCACAUUGUCCAGCACAGGAUGCUCUUCUAAAAAUUCAUGAUAGGAUUGCGGCAGACGAAUAUAUGCGCGGCGGAGUGGUGCAUGAAAGUGCUGAGCCUGAUGAUGAUGUGGUUGCACGUAUUCUCGUCCCUCAAAUUCAAGUUGGCUGCCUUCUUGGAAAGGGUGGAAAUGUAAUUAAAAAAUUACGGCAGGAUUAUACUGCGAACAUUCGCAUAUUACCUUCAGAGGAGCUUCCACCGUGUGCUAUGAGAUCCGACGAACUAGUUCAGAUAUCUGGUAAGCCAAUCAAUGUCAAAAGGGCUCUUUUUGAGAUUUCUACGUUAUUGCACCAUCAUCCACGAAAGGAUACUCCUUCUUUAGAUGAUAUUAUAUCUGCAAGUACACAACACAUCCACCAAUCAGGCCCCGAAAUCUCCCCUCCUUUGCCACACAGAAAUCCAAUGCUGUCUCGCUAUUCGCCACCAACACCAUGGUUUGAUGGAUAUAGAAUUGAAUCACAUAGUCAUGGUCCAAGUAGUUUUAACCAUGGUGCUGACAGAAACGGAACAUUGGAGGAUUUUUCCAUAAAAAUUCUGUGUUCUACGGAGAAGAUUGGCAGCAUAAUCGGUAAAAGUGGUGCAAAUGUUAAACAAUUAGAGAAACAAACUGGUGCUAGAAUUCAUGUUGAGGGCUCUGAUUCUGAUGCUAAGGAACGAGUUAUUGUUGUUUCUUCGAUGGAGGUUCCAUCAAAUCCAAUUUCAUCAACCAUUGAGGCUGUUCUUCAACUUCUGGGAAGAACUUGUGAAGAAACUGAAAAAGGUAAAGUCACAACAAGGCUCCUCGUCUCCUCGAGUAAAGUUGGUUGCAUUCUUGGAAAAGGUGGAAAUGUAAUUAGAGAAAUGAGGCAUCGUACCCAAGCUCAUAUACAUGUUUUUUCAGAAUCUGAAAAACCAAAGUAUGCAUCUGAUGAUGAAGCACUUGUUCAGAUAUCUGGAAAUGAGAGGGUUGUUGAGACCGCUCUCUUAGAGAUUGCAUCCAGGCUCAGGUCAAAGUCUCUUCAAGGAGGAAUUGUUCCUGCAGAUCCUUUGGCUAUCGGACCAGGACGUGGAUUUACUCCAGAAAGUUUCUCUAGAAGAGCAAGGCAACCAUCUACUGCUGUUGGUUCUGCAGACCGACCUUUCUACGACUACCCAAUGGGUUAUGAUCAUCCUAAGGGCUCAGAUUAUUUGAGGAGCUAUGAGCAUCAAAAGAGUUAUGAUUAUCCGAAGGGCUAUGACUAUCCAAAGGGUUCUGACUAUCCGAAGGGCUAUGACUACCCAAAGAGUUCUGACUAUCCAAAGGAUUAUGACUACCCAAAGAGCUAUGACUAUCCUAAAGAUUAUGAAUAUCCAAAGGGCUCUGAUUACAUUGAGAGUUAUGAUUACCCAAAGGAUGCUGUUCGACAAUAUUACUCUCAUGAUUAUCGUGGUCCAUUGCAUCCUGCUGGUUACUCUGACACGAGGAAUGCUAUGGAGGUCAAAACUCCAAGGAGCUCAGUUCUUGGAAUUGGUGGAAGCCAUAUUUCUACUGCUCAUCAGGUGCCCCCAAGCUCACCAUGGAGAUACAGAGAUCAUGCCAGGCGAUGAAAUUCGUGCAGACCUUAAA